ACAAUAUUCUAGCUGUCUGCUCCUGUGCGCACGUGAGGACUAGCGACAAGUUAAGGCAGCAUGGAUUUGGUGUCCUCCAUCCUGUCCACCCUCUCCCUCCCACGUAUUUCCAUCCUGGCUCCUGACCCUUCUCUUUCUCCAUCUUCCCCCUCUCCUCCUCCUCCGUCUCAGCAUUCUGAUGCUCUGUGUGGCAGCUGCCCGUCCUCUGGUUCUGCCCCACAGGCUAGCAGCCUUUGGCCCAGCCUGCCACCUUCUGGAGCUGGAUUCCCAGCAUGGCCAGGACAAGCCACUCAACCUGCACCAUGCUGGACUGGCCAGCCAAACACACCCUGCUGGCCUGGGACACAACCAGCUCCAGUCUCUGUCCCUACUCCAAUUUCAGUCCCAGCUCCUGUUCAAGUCAUAACACCACCUCCUGCACCAACCACAACUGUAGUUCCAGCUCCAACUGCAGUGCAGCCCUGUCAGCCUUGCUGGCCAGGCAUCCAGUACCAGCCUCCUCAGCCACCAGCUCCAAUUCAAGCUCAACUGCCAAAUCCAACUCCAGCUCCAGUGCCCGGACCUGCUACCAGCAUCCAUCCAAGUGUACCAGGCUGGCCUGCCCACCCUGGUUGGCCCUAUAACCCGGGACAAUCAGGAUGGCCUGGACAGAAUCCAUCUAUUAUGCCUCCACACUGGCUUCCACCCACAUCUGGACCUCUAAGUGUGCCGUACAACUUGAACCUGGCCCGAGGGGUGUACGACAAAAUGAUGAUGACUAUCUUGGGCCACGUGAAACCAAAUGCUAAAAUGUUCACAGUGAACUUUCUGAGAGGCAACGACAUUGCCUUUCACAUCAACCCCCGCUUCAACGAGGGGGCCAAGCAGGUGGUCGUCCGCAACCACAAACUGGGUGAGCGCUGGGGCGCCGAAGAGAGGGACCUGAAGGGUCCCUUCCCUUUCGCACUUGGGAGCCCUUUUGAGAUGAAGAUCCUGUGCACCCCCGAGGCCUUCAGGGUGGCGGUGAACAACAUCCCACUGUUUGAGUUCCGUCACCGCAUCAGAGAGCUCAACCAGAUUGACAGAAUCAACAUCUUGCAUGAUGUCAUCCUCACAUACAUCAAUGUGGAGACGCUUCCUUAAGAAAUACGCUUUUAGUCACACAGAUGAAUACAUUUAUGAGUGUGUGUGAAUGCAGCAAAGAUGCACAUAAAUGAUGUGGCACGUACUCUUACACUAUUUACAUGAUACACCUUGGGAGAAACUUUUCAGUUAAUCUUUAGCAUUUUGCUUCAAAAUGGAAUAAAUAAGCAUGUUAGUUGUUUGUAUAAUGUAUACGGUAAUGAGCUGAGCUCAUUCUUUAAUAUGCUACAAUAAAGUCAAACUACUUCCUCUGCCACAGUACUAACCACUUAAUGCACAGAGGCAUUUGUUUUUCUGUAUAGAUGCUACUGCUACUGUUUUUACAGUUGACAAUGACAUACUCUAUAAUAUUAAGCGUGCUACUAACUAAUAUAUAACUGAGAACUAUGUAUGCACAAAUGUUGGAGAAAAAAAACCUGCGGAUCGUGACCUCUAGAUUUUUAUUAACUGUAAAAAUUCUUUAAUAAUAAAUGUAUGAAUGUGAAAUCAA